UUCACUUCCUAUUCAACUUCGAUGAGAUUCAAACACCGCGCCCAAAAGCAAAGGAAAUAGACUAGAAGUGGAGUUAGUGGAGGGAAACAAAACUUCAAACUGAGGAACGCCGUCUUUCACGAUUCCAUUCCCACUUUCCCCAUCUUACAAUCGUCAAUCCAAUCCUAAGAAUUCGAAAUUCCGACUUAUCUCUUUACUUCCUCUCAAUGGAAUCCUCUGCAAUUACUCUCAUCAUGGUUAAAGGCCCUCGCGAGGGUGAAACCCUAGAUUUUCCACCUGGAGCCACGAUUCGGAUCGGUCGCACCGUUCGGGGUAAUUCCGUCGCCAUCAAAGACGCCGGGAUCUCCACCAAGCACCUCUCUAUCGAAUUCGAGUCCGUAUCAGGCAACUGGAUGCUUCGGGACCUUGAUUCUUCAAAUGGCACAUUCGUUAACGAUAUCAAGCUUCCUCCACACGAUGCCUUCGCUUUAAAUGAUGGCGACACCAUUAAAUGCGGUGAAUUGACUUCGAUUUUUGUUAGGAUAAACAGUAAUGAAGAGCCUCGGUCAAGGCGAAAUCCUAGGCGGAAAGCUGCCGAGAAGUGUACAAGUUCCGAUGUUGUGGGAUCAGUUGCCGGAACUCGGGGUCGUAGAGGAAAGGUUGUGGAAGAGGUUAGCGUAGUUGGGGGAUGUAAUGAUGCGAUGGGUGAUAGUGGAAGAUGUUUAAGGUCGAGAAAGGGCAGGGGCGUGAAAGAUGAAAUUGAUAACCAAGUACCGGAUUGCAAGAAAAUUGGGGACAAAUUAGAUGUGGGAAGGGAGUCCCAGAAUAUGAACAAUGCGGUAAACGAACCCGGCCCAAAAAUUGCUAAAAGAAGUACCAGGCGAACGAAGAACACUGUGUCUGUGGCCACAGAUUCAGUUCUCGAGAACGUCCCCGAAGAUUCACGUGUGGGUGGUGAAGUAAAGGCUGAGGCAAAGAAAACGAGAGCUGGAACUAGGGGAAGGAAGAAAUUGCAAAAUGAGCCACCACUGGAGAUUAGUACAGUUAUCAAAUUGGAACAUAGUGAAAACGUCGAGGAGAAGAGCUUAGGAGAAAAUAAACUUGUUGACGUGGGUGAAGAAGGUUGCGAAGAGGUUGCUGAUGGGCGAGCUUCACAUGAUGAGGACUUCCUUUGUAAGUCUGAGAAGGCGCCGGAUCUGAAGAAGAUGACACUUGGGGAUUGGUUUGAUUAUUUGGAGACUCAUUUGCCUAGACAAAUUAUUGAUGCAACCGAAGAGGUAAUUUCUGGUAUGAAAAUUAAAUCUAAACAAGUACAGGAGUAUGUUGCUCGGCAGAAGAUUGAGAAUUGCCAGGGCGAUUAGUGGAAGGAAAACACUGGUGUACGAGGUAACCCUUUUGCUUCCUUAUUUAAUUUAAAAUUGUGUAUAUAUCCUUGUUUGUUCAACACACCGUUCUGAGCUUUUAAUAUAUCAUAUCAUUUACGAUGUCCAGAGUAAAUUACUCUCACAUGUCAAUCAAUCCAAAUGGCAUGGACUUGCUGUGUAUGACUUGAGCAUAUAGUUUUAGUUGGCUUAGGGAAUGUAACCUGGUUGAUUAUCUUUUAGAGCCGAUGAAAGUUUUCCUUCAUGGAAACAAUGAAAUGGCACGUUGAUUUCAUGGAUUUGAAACUCUCCAUCUAGCCACAAUAAGCAGUGUAAAUUAUGUGAAGCUACGAAAAAAGCUUGGGCUUGUGUAUUAGAUGUUUGUUCAUUAAUCUAAAAAUGCUUCGAGUGUUUGAUUUACCUCCUUGGAAGAUAAUUUGGUCCUCUGUUCAUAUCCAUUGUAUAAUGAAUGAUUUCCGUAUA